AUGACGGAGUAUUGUGACGACACCAUGGGUGAAUGGGGCGUAACACAUACGGUCCAGUACAUCAUCUGUGUCGGAAUAUUGGUACUGAUUAAGGAACAGCAAAAAGUCAGGGCCACUGAGUCUCGCAUUUCUGCGGUCAAGAAAAUUGCACAGUGGCUUUUCAAUGUUGGCGGGAAGUCCAAGAGAAGGCUGAGUGCGGUGCGUCUGACCCCGGAGUUCAUCAAGGACGAGCUCUUCUUGGAAUGUGCUACUGGAACUGAGGGCUUCUGGUUCAAAUUAUGCAACAAUGCUGCUUUCAAACUAAACUUGGAGGAAUCUAUGAAAAGCCGCCAUUCCUUUGGGUCAUGUUUUUCUCCCAACUCUGACAGCAGUCCAUCUACAUCAGUCCUAGACUCGUGGGUUGUUUUCCCAGACCUUCGCCUGUCGACUGUCAGUUCUCUGGACAUCAACCACUACCGCUGUUCCUCUCCACGGUCUGUGCCCCGGUGUUUCGUCUCCUGUAUCAAGACAUCUGCCUCUGUCGUUCGAGUGAGGAAGCCUGUAUGGACCAUCAUCCCCCAGGGCCACUGCCUGUUUGUUGUAAGUCGCCGUGUGCGCGCCACCUUGCUCUCUGUGGCCCAGAAGAAUCCACACGCCUUCAAGUCUACGGACAUUCAUCCGCCCAGCUUCGAGGUCGGGUUCUGUUUCGAAGACCGGAGCUGUCCCAGCUAUUGUGUCAGCGGAACUAUAAAUGGGUCAUGGGCAUCUACGAUCAUCAGGGACACCGGUUGCUCAUGUUUUGUUGUCUCUGAGGAUGCCCUGCCUGAUGCUGAUCUCUCCAGCUGCUCGAAGGCAUACCACGGGAAAUUGUCGGAUAGGGGGACUCAGUUUACCUCUCAGUUGAUGGCGGAGCUUCACAAGUUGCUAGGAGUUAAGCCUUUAUUUACCACCCCUUUUCACCCUAGUGGUAAUGGACGAAUUGAGAGAAUGCAUGGGCCCCUGAAAGCGUCGCUGCGGAAAUUGUGCGCCGACAAACCCAGGGAGUGGCACCGGUAUCUUGUCCCCACUUUAUUUGCUCUGAGAGAAAUUCCUAGUGACCGGACCGGGUUCUCGGCGUUCGAAUUAUUAUACGGCCGAGCCGUGAGAGGCCCGCUCUCGGUGUUAAGGGAUCUGUGGGCGGACACAAGUAUAGAAGACGACGAGCGGACUCACUACCAGUAUGUCAUUGAAUUACGGGACAAACUUUCACAGUGUGCCAAGAUCGCCGCGCAGAAUGCUGACAUUAGUAACACCAAAUAUAAGGCCUAUUUCGACGUCAAAUCACAAGAUCUUAAAUUUAUUCCGGGGGAUGAAGUGUUAGUGCUCCUGCCUGAUAAGAAGAGCAAGUUGCUUGUUUCCUGGAAUGGGCCUUACAAAGUCCUAGAGAAGCGGAGUAGGGUAAAUUACGUCAUUGACGAACCUAAGGGGCCUAAGUUAUAUCAUGCUAAUUUAUUUAAGAAAUAUCAUCGCAGGGCCCACCUUAACUUUGCUCAUGUCCUAGAUAGCGAUUCUAAGCUAGAGUCAGUCGAGGCACUACCCUGCGAGGGGUCGGGAGUAAUUCCGGCACCAGACUCAGAUGAUCUCAGUUGCCAGCUACCGAUAACACCAGAUGGUAUAGUAGAAUCCCCUUCGACUGACAAUGGGCCCGCACUUAAACCUGGAUUGGAGAGGAACCAACGUGCUGACAUUGAGGACCUGAUUACUAACUUUGAGGAUGUAUUCUCAAACGUCCCGGGAUGCACGUCCACUGUACACCAUGACAUCCUCCUUACAACCACUCAGCGUGUGCAGGCCAAAGUUUAUCCUGUCCCUAUUCAUCUCCAGAGUUAUUUUGAAGAGGUCGACCGUCUACUUGAGCAGGGAAUCAUCCAAUUGUCGUCGUCCCCUCACUGCUCUCCCGUGGUUAUGGUGCGUAAGCAGGAUGGUACUUUUAGGAUGGCCAUUGACUACAGGGUGUUAAAUGCGGUAACUGUCUUUCAUGCCGAGCCCGCCUGUUCUAUGGAGGAAGACUUGCAUAAGUUCUCAGGGGCGAAGUACUUCUCGGAGUUGGAUCUAUGUAAAGCUUACUACCAGGUACCCUUAACUGAACGCGCAAAACCACUAACUGCAUUUCCUACUCGUAGAGGAUUGAUGGAAUUCUGCCGACUUCCAUUUGGGCUGGUGACUGCCUAUGCCACGUACAUCAGGCUGAUGCGCCUCGUCCUUGCCGGUUUGCCUAGAGUUUCUUUUUAUUUUGACAACAUUUUCAUAUAUUCCUCAGAUUGGCAAGAACAUCUUGGCGACGUUAAAGCUGUCCUGGAGAGGUUAAGGGAACAUGCUUUGACGAUAAAGCCAUCUAAAUGCCGGUUUGGAUUUGAGUCUAUUCAUUAUCUUGGAUUCGUGCUAGAUGGUCGGCACCUUCGUCCCCAACCUGAGAAAAUACAAGCCCUUUGUGAGGUGUGUCCUCCUACUACUAAGAAACUCCUCCGUAGUUUUCUCGGUAUGAUCUCUUUUUAUAAAUCUUUCAUUCACCAGGCAUCUGAGUAUACCGGACCCUUAUCUGACCUGCUAAGGAAAGGCCACCGGGAGCCUCUUGUCUGGAACGACGACCUGCUGGCCGGAUUUAAUCGUCUCAAGAAUUCGCUAUCCACGCAGCCUAUCCUCAAACUGCCUGAUCAACACUUGACCUUCGUUCUUAGGACGAACGCCUCCAGUCAUGGCCUAGGAGCCGUCCUCCUCCAAUAUGUUCAGGCACGUCCUCACCCAGUGGCCUAUGCCAGUAGGAAGUUACUAGACAGGGAGAGGAGGUACUCCACCAUUGAACGUGAGUGUCUAGCCAUUGUGUUUGGGGUUUUGAAAUUUGAUUAUUACCUGAGAGGAAAAGAAUUUAUCCUAGAGGUAGACCACAAACCCUUGUUGUAUUUAAAUACAUUCAAGGGGGCAAAUGACAGAUUGUUACGGUGGGCUCUAAGUCUGCAGGGUUAUAGGUUUCGUGUGGUCCACGUCGCCGGAAAAGACAACCUUGGGGCAGACCUUUUGAGCAGAUCCACUGUAUAG